UGUGGCAAAGCACUUCCUGGCCUUUCCAAGCAAGAAGACUGCUGUGGAACCGUGGGUACUUCCUGGGGUUUUAACAAAUGCCAGAAAUGUCCCAAGAAGCCAUCUUACCAUGGAUACAGUCCUAUGAUGGAAUGCCCACAAGGCUACAAGAGGAUCAAUGCUACAUUUUGUCAAGAUAUCAAUGAGUGUCAGUUACAGGGAGUAUGCCCUAAUGGUGAGUGCUUGAAUACCAUGGGCAGCUACAGAUGCACCUGCAAAAUGGGAUUUGUGCCAGAUCCUACCCUCUCAAGAUGCAUACCUGAUAAUCCUAUAGUUGCUGAAGAGAAAGGACCCUGCUACCGGUUUGUUAGCGCAGGAAAGCAAUGCAUGCAUCCUCUUUCUGUUCAGCUCAGCAAGCAGCUUUGCUGCUGCAGUGUUGGCAAAGCCUGGGGCCCGCACUGUGAGAAGUGUCCACUUCCAGGAACAGCUGCUUUUAAGGAAAUCUGCCCUGGUGGAAUGGGUUAUACGGUUUCUGGCCCUCACAGAAACAAGCUAUAUCAUCACCCUGCAGUUAGAGUACAGCCACCUGUCAUUGGCAAGACCCCGAUUACUCAACCUGUUGCUAAAGGUACUUCUCCUCCACCUCUCCCAGCAAAGGAGGAGCCAGUGGAGGCACUGACCUUCUCACAGAAAAGUGAGACUGACAUGGCUGUACAAGAAGUGGCAACUGCAGCCCCUGAUCAGGAAUUAGCUUCCCUUGAUCAAGAAAAACAGCCUGAUCUAGAGCCUGGGCAGCCUCAGCUUUCUCCUGGAAUCUCAACAAUUAACCUGCAUCCACAGUUUCCAGUAGUGAUUGAGAAAACAUCUCCUCCUCUGCCUGUUGAAGUUGCUCCUGAAGUCUCUACUUCGAGUGCAAGUCAAGUAAUUGCACCUACUCAAGUUACAGAAAUCAACGAAUGCACAGUUAAUCCUGAUAUCUGUGGAGCAGGACACUGUGUUAAUUUGCCUGUGGGAUACACUUGCAUCUGCUACGAGGGGUACAAACUUAACGAUCAGCAGACAAAGUGCUCUGAUAUUAAUGAAUGUAAUCAGGCACCCCAUCUCUGUUCCCUUGGACGCUGUGAAAAUACAGAAGGAAGUUUCCUAUGUAUUUGCCAAGCUGGAUUCAUGGCCAGUGAAGAUGGAACUGACUGCGUUGAUUUUGAUGAAUGUUCAAGACCUCGUACUUGCGGGGACGGCUUUUGUAUAAAUACUGUUGGCUCAUACAGAUGUGAAUAUUGUGAUAGUGGAUACCAAAUGAACCGGAGAGGUGAAUGUGAAGACAUUGAUGAAUGCCUGACUCCAACUACUUGUCCAGAUUCACAGUGCGUUAAUGCUCCUGGCUCUUACCAGUGCAUUCCUUGCAGAGUGGGAUUCAGAGGCUGGAAUGGACAGUGCCAUG